AUGAAAGGAAAAGUUGUUCUCAUCACUGGUGCUUCAUCAGGAAUAGGGGAGCAAAUGGCUUACGAAUAUGGCAGAAAAGGAGCUGCACUGGUCAUAGUUGCCAGGAGGGAGAACAAGCUACAAAAGGUUGCCGAAAGAGCUCGUGGGCUUGGAUCUCCUGAUGUUCUUCCUAUUUGUGCUAAUGUAGCCAAUGUUAAUGAAUGCAAGCGUUUUGUAGAUGAAGCCAUCAAUCACUUCGGCAGAUUGGAUCAUCUGGUGAAUAAUGCGGGAAUUGUCAGUGUCUGCCCAGUUGAAGAUGCACCUGAUAUUACAAAUUUUAAGCCUAUAUUGGCAAGUAAAGCAGCAUUGAUAAGCUUCUAUGAGGCAAUGAGAGUUGAAUUGGCUCCUGAAAUAACAAUAACCAUUGUAACUCUCGGAUUUAUAGACUCAGAAAUGUCCCAAGGAAAACAGUUAUCCAAGGAAGGUGUUGUUCAAGUGGAUCGAAAACUGAGAGAUGUUGUUGUUGGGGCAAUGCCAGUGAUGAGUUCCAGCACUUGUGCAAAAUCCAUUGUUGAAGCCUCAUGCCGGGGAGAGAGAUAUGUGACCGAACCAAAAUGGUUUAGUGUGUUCAUCAUGCUAAAGAGUUUGUGCCCCGAACUGGUUGAGUUGUAUUACCGGACCUUUCACUUCAAGCCAAUCGUUUCAGGGAGAAAUGUUACCAACAAUAUGGUAACUCCGCUGCUGCUGAAUAAAGCAGACUAA